UUUGACGUUUAUUGUUCGCAUGUAUUUAAAGGAAAGAAUAUUUUCAUCAGUCUCGGCGCGAUCGCUUCUAUUUGAUAAUUUAAACGUAAAACGAAAAAUUUAAACGAAAAUACAUAGAUUUCGAAUGCAAUGUCUUCAAUUGUGUUGUGUGAAAAAUUAAAAUGUGCACAGUGCAACUGUACUGCGGCAUUGCUGUGGAAAUCAAUAAGCGACACACAGCAUAUGUGCAACGAUUGUUUCGAACAAACUAAGAAUAAUACAAAACAGGAGAUCGACGGUAAUAAUCAACGUAAGCCGGACCGAAGUAAAUUAAGGAAAAGCACCAGAAGUACUCGGUACAGUGGUAAAAAUGGCACCGGAUCGAAUCAAUUGCCUGGAACUAGCAAUUCGAAUUCAAGUAAAACAAGUAAUACAAAACCGAGUGGACGUGGAAGACGUAGCCUAUUCCGAAGACCACCAAUGAAAGCACCAACAAUACCAGCAUCCACUCAUCAUGUUAAAAGUUUAUUCUAUAAGGGUUCUUACAUUCAAAUCGGUGACAUUGUCUCUUUAUGCAAUUCCAAUUACGAUGUAUUUUAUGCGCAGAUACGUGGCUUAUUAGUGGACAAUUUCUGCGAAAAGUCAGCCGUAAUAUCUUGGCUUUUACCAACCCAAAGUAGCCCACCGCCAAAUGAAGAAUUCGAUCCAUCUACCUAUAUUAUUGGACCAGAGGAAGAUCAUCCACGUCUUUUAUCUUGUAUGGAAUUUGUAAUGCAUGCACCGAGUGACUAUUAUAUGGACAAAACUACGCCGUACCCGCCAGUCGACACUGAUGUAUCAACACAUGGUGGCGGUUUCAUUUGGACAAGCAUUGACGCUAUACAAAAACAUUGAAUCUAUCUAGACUAAAGUUCUGCUUCUAAUUCCGUUAAAAAUAUAGAAAACUGAAAAAAUCCCUACGCAUAUCUCCGAUGAAAUAAUAUACUCGUUGCAGAUACAUUUUUAUAUUUUAAUCUUAAAUACCUUGGCUGUCAUUAACUGUUAACGAGGCAUUUUAAACUGACUGAUCGUAAUUUUAUGUAUUUAUUUAUAAGAUUGUAUACAAAAAAAAAA